AGGAAGAUGAUGUUGGUGGACCAUCUGCUGAAUCCCAACGCAGCUUCAAUGAAGACGGCUGUCCUCAGCCCAGUGCCCAUGCUCGAUUUCCACUAUGGUGGUCCACCACCAGCAAUGUGCUUCUGGCCCCAAAACACCGAGUGCCUCAUCCAGGAGGGUUCUGAUGCAGAGAACAGCUCACCUGCUAUGUCCUCAGCCGAUCAAGAGGAUGUUGUGGUUCCUGCAUCUCUCCAGACACCCUCUAAUGUCAACCCACCCAAGGACUUCAUUCGCUGCCUGCCACUUCACCUGUCCAUGUACAUCCUGGCGCUUUUGGAUCAAAAAUCCCUCAAGGCAUGUGCUGCUGUGAGUAGAUGCUGGGCUUUUCUGGCCAAAGAAGUCAAGAGGGAACGUGUGAGUCAAAGCCUAGUACAGGAGAAGAUCCUGUAUUUGCAGUUAAAUGAAGAGGGAUAUGUCAUGGAAGUGGAAGGCCACAACUGGAUAAGUAAAACAGAGGAGGAGGAAACCAAUCUGCAGGCAGCCUACCAUGAUCUGCAAACUGACACGAUUCAGCUGGAAGAGAGAAAUGUCUUCUGUGGCUCCUACAAUAUUCGUGUCCUCACAGACCAAUCAGACCGAAGCAGAAUAAUCCAUUACAGUGGUGGAAACUUGGUAGCCAUUGGCUCUGCAGACCGAAAAGUGAGGCUUCUUGGUAUGUCAGGGAUGAAAGAAGUGUUUCCUCCGCUUUCUGGCCACGCUGGGAGCAUCAAAGCACUCUUCCUCAAUGAGAAGAAAGGGUUUGUUCUCAGCGCAAGCUUUGAUCUCAGCAUCAGAUGCUGGAAUAUAUACAGUGGUGCUUGUGUGAAAAUCUUCAACGGUCACUGUGGGACAAUCACCUGCUUGGAUCUGCAUGAAGAACAGUUUGUGUCGGGGGCCAGGGAUGGGAUGGUGAAAGUGUGGAACCUGGAGAGUGGGAAAUGUCUCAAGACUCUGAAGCACAGCAGCGCUGUUUGGGUAGUUAAAAUGGAUGGCACCCGUGUUGUCAGUGGGUGUGACCGAGGGCUGGUGAAAGUCUGGUGUGCUGCUACGGGCACCCUGAUCAAAACAUUAGAGGGGCACCAAGGCCCAGUGAAGUGCCUGUCUUUUGAUCAGUGGCACCUAGUCACAGGAAGCACCGACGGAUACGCCCUGGGAUGGAGCAUGUUGGGAAACCUCAAGAGAUGCCUAAUAGCUUUCCGCCACCCUAAGGAAGUUCUGUCUCUGGAGUUCCUCUAUCUCAGAGUCAUCAGCGGCUGUGCUGAUGGAAAGAUUCGUAUAUUUAACUACCUGACUGGAAGCUGCCUGAAAGUGUUGAUGGCCAACAGCAGAGGGGACCCCAUAUCUUCCUUCUAUGUUGCAGGAAACAGGAUGGUGAUCAAUUCACCAACGAGUCUGUUGAUGUUCCAGUUUGAGGAUGUCAGGUGGGACUAUACCUUAGAGGCUGACCGAGAGACAAGUACUACUCUGCCAACAAUGAUCGCAAAAACUAUCCUUGACUUCAACUGUAUUUUAUUUUUGGAAACAGAUGGCAAAUCUGAACAUGGCCCUUCCCUCUAUGCACCUGCACGUGCUGACAGGGCAGAAGCCACUUUGCAGCAUGUAAAGAGAAGAGGUCCAAGUUGUCUGGUGUCCCCUGACAAGUUCCUCUUAACUGUCAGCAUGCUGCAGAACACCUGCAAGGCAGCCCCAGUCCGCUCCAGUAUUAAGCACACUGCAGAAGUCAGGGAAGCAUGGGAACCUCCUUGGGAGCCCCAGCAGCACCGCCCUGAAAAGGUACAAAUAUACAAAAACCCUCUGCAACACAAAAAGGAUCAGACAGUCCAGCUCCAACGUGUGAGACUGCACAGUGAUUCUCUGACAAUGAAGAGAAUUUCUAUACCCUUUGAAACCAAAAUGCUGCAGCUCAAGCUGAAAAACUCUUUGCAUGGACCCACUGUGAAUUCCUCCAUCCCUGCUCCCUCCAUUGUACGGCCCAAGACUUGUGGUUUGCUGCGAGAAAAGAAAGCUCACCGUGGUCAUGCUUCUUCUGAACUGAUCAAAUCAACACGUGUGGUGAUUGCACAAAUGAAGAACGAAGCGGUUUCCAGGAGAAAAAAGCCCUUUUGUCUGUACGCUGCAGACUCUUCCCAAAGUGACGGUGGGUUCAGGCUUCUGACGGGAAAACAGAAGGAGGUAUACGAGGCAGCUGCUGUAGCUCAGUAUCGGGCACACCAGACAAAGCUUACAGAAGAUCAGCAAAGAGCACGCAAGAAGGCCUGGCUAAGGAAACUUAAAGGCCUACCUAUAGACUCUUUUACAGAGGAGGGGAAAACAGCUGCUCCCGAAUUUGGGCUUAACACAUUUAUCUGA